GCCUACGCUCCCUCCCCUCGGGUGCUCGGGGCGCCGACUGGCGCCGCCCCCCGGGAAGAUGGCGCUGCACUUUCAGAGUUUGGCUGAAUUGGAAGUAUUAUGUACUCAUCUCUACAUAGGGACUGAUCUUACACAAAGAAUAGAGGCUGAGAAAGCACUCCUGGAACUUAUUGACAGCCCAGAAUGUCUCAGCAAGUGUCAACUUUUAUUAGAACAAGGAACAACAUCCUAUGCUCAACUCCUUGCAGCAACAUGUCUUUCAAAACUUAUUAGCCGAGUCAGUCCUUUGCCGAUUGAACAAAGAAUAGAUAUCAGAAACUACAUUCUUAAUUAUGUGGCAUCACAACCCAAGCUGGCUCCCUUUGUCAUCCAAGCUCUAAUUCAAGUCAUUGCUAAAAUUACUAAAUUGGGGUGGUUUGAGAUUCAGAAAGACCAGUUUGUCUUCAGAGAAAUUAUUGCUGAUGUGAAGAAGUUUCUUCAGGGUACUGUGGAACACUGCAUAAUAGGAGUAAUAAUCCUCUCAGAAUUGACUCAGGAAAUGAACCUGGUUGAUUAUUCUAGACCUUCAGCAAAACACAGGAAAAUAGCUACCUCAUUUCGUGACACUUCUCUUAAAGACAUUUUAGUGCUAGCAUGCUCUCUUCUAAAAGAGGUGUUGGCCAAGCCUUUAAACCUUCAGGAUCAAGGUCAACAAAACCUAGUAAUGCAAGUCUUGAAACUGGUCCUCAACUGCCUUAACUUUGACUUCAUUGGCAGUUCAGCAGAUGAAUCUGCAGAUGAUCUUUGCACAGUACAGAUUCCAACAACUUGGAGAACAAUUUUCCUGGAACCAGAAACAUUGGAUCUUUUCUUUAAUUUGUAUCAUUCACUUCCACCACUCCUAUCUCAGUUAGCACUUUCAUGUUUAGUUCAGUUUGCGUCUACAAGAAGGUCCUUAUUUAGCAGUCCUGAACGUGCCAAGUACCUUGGUAAUUUAAUCAAGGGAGUAAAAAGGAUACUUGAAAACCCUCAGGGUUUGUCCAAUCCAGGUAAUUAUCAUGAAUUUUGUCGAUUUUUGGCUCGUUUAAAGACGAAUUACCAGCUGGGAGAAUUAGUUAUGGUGAAGGAGUAUCCUGAAGUUAUCAGAUUGAUUGCUAAUUUUACCAUUACUAGCCUACAGCAUUGGGAAUUUGCUCCCAACAGUGUUCAUUAUUUAUUAACUCUCUGGCAAAGGAUGGUAGCAUCAGUUCCUUUUGUGAAAUCAACUGAACCCCACUUAUUAGACACUUAUGCACCAGAAAUCACGAAGGCCUUUAUCACUUCUCGGUUGGAAUCUGUUGCCAUAGUUGUGAGAGAUAAUUUAGAUGAUCCACUGGAUGAUACCGCCACUGUGUUUCAGCAGUUGGAGCAGUUGUGCACUGUUAGCAGAUGUGAAUAUGAGAAGACAUGCACUCUUCUUGUACAGUUGUUUGAUCAAAAUGCACAGAAUUACCAAAAGCUUCUGCAUUCAGCUUCUGGAAUAACUGUGGACAUGGCAAUUCAGGAAGGACGUCUUGCCUGGCUGGUAUACUUGGUUGGGACAGUUGUUGGAGGAAGAUUAACAUAUACCAGUACAGAUGAACAUGAUGCUAUGGAUGGAGAAUUAUCCUGUCGAGUUUUUCAGCUUAUAUCUUUAAUGGAUACCGGAUUGCCUCAGUGUUCUAAUGAGAAAAUAGAACUUGCAAUUCUGUGGUUCUUGGAUCAGUUUCGUAAAACAUAUGUUGGUGAUCAACUUCAGCGAACCUCAAAGGUUGUACGCCUGAGGAGUGAUGUGUCCAGAGUUCCAAAGAAGGCUUGGAAAAUAGUUCAGGUAUAUGCCCGUAUGUCAGAAGUCUUAGGAAUAACAGAUGACAACCAUGUUCUAGAAACAUUCAUGACGAAAAUUGUUACAAACCUUAAAUACUGGGGAAGAUGUGAGCCUGUCAUUUCAAGGACUCUUCAGUUCCUAAAUGACCUUUCUGUUGGCUAUAUCCUUUUAAAAAAACUUGUGAAGAUAGAUGCCGUGAAAUUCAUGUUAAAAAAUCACACGAGUGAACACUUCCCCUUUCUUGGCAUCAGUGACAGUUACAGUCUCAGUGACUUCAGGUGCCGAACAACCUUCUACACAGCCCUCACUCGUCUUCUGAUGGUAGAUCUAGGCGAAGAUGAGGACGAAUUUGAGAAUUUCAUGCUGCCUCUUACAGUCUCUUUUGAAACAGUGUUACAGAUAUUCAAUAACAACUUUAAACAAGAAGAUGUAAAGCGUCUGUUGAUCGGGCUGGCAAGAGAUCUUCGAGGGAUUGCCUUUGCACUGAACACAAAGACCAGCUACACCAUGCUGUUUGACUGGAUGCUUUAUAAAAGGUACCCAACAUAUAUUCCCAUUCUUCAGAGGGCUGUUGAGCAGUGGUAUGGAGAGCCAGCAUGUACAACUCCCAUCUUAAAACUUAUGGCAGAACUGAUGCAAAACAGAUCCCAGCGUUUGAACUUUGAUGUAUCAUCUCCUAAUGGAAUUCUUCUCUUCAGAGAAGCUAGUAAAAUGAUUUGCACUUAUGGUAAUCAGAUCCUGUCCCUUGGGAGCCUCUCAAAAGAUCAGAUUUAUCCAAUGAAACUCAAGGGCAUCUCCAUCUGCUAUUCAGCUCUCAAAUCUGCCUUGUGUGGAAAUUAUGUCAGCUUUGGCGUCUUCAAGUUGUAUGGGGACAACCAUUUUGACAAUGUACUCCAGGCCUUUGUCAAAAUGCUGCUGUCAGUGUCCCACAGUGACUUGCUACAAUAUCGGAAACUGAGCCAGUCUUAUUAUCCACUCCUGGAAUGUCUCACCCAGGACCACAUGAGCUUCGUCACCAACUUAGAGCCUCCUGUACUCCUAUAUGUUCUCACAUCUAUCUCAGAGGGACUCAGUACUCUUGAUACAGUUGUCUCCUCCAGCUGCUGUACCAGUUUAGACUACAUCGUCACCUACCUCUUCAAGCACAUAGCAAAAGAGGGCAGGAAGCCACUUCGAUGCAGAGAGGCUGCCCAGGCUGGUCAGAGACUAUUACAUUUUAUGCAGCAAAAUCCAGAGGUCCUGCAGCAGAUGAUGUCUGUCCUCAUGAAUACCAUUGUCUUCGAAGACUGUCGGAACCAGUGGUCAGUAUCCAGGCCUCUCCUGGGGCUCAUCCUGCUCAACGAGAAGUAUUUCAGUGAACUGAGGGCAAGUCUGAUAAACAGCCAACCUCUCCCCAAGCAGGAGGUCCUUGCCCAGUGCUUCAGGAACCUAAUGGAAGGAGUGGAGCAGAACCUGUCUGUCAAGAACAGAGACAGGUUCACCCAGAACCUCUCGGUCUUCAGAAGAGAUGUGGCAGAGGCCCUGCGCAGUGAUGGCAGCACCGAACCGUGCAGUCUGGACAUGAUGAGCUGACCCGACUUCUGACCGUGUGCCGAGCAGCUUUUAUCAAGAGACUUGUGGGUCUGGAUCCCAGGACAGUGAUGUUGGCUAGCCCAGGGGAAUCUAUUUUUCAAAACAAACAAACAACAACAACAAGAGUCCUACCUUUUUAUAAGCCUGGCCUAAUUGUAAGAAUUUAUAAUAGCGCACAAACAAUGUAAAUUCAGUCUUUGCACUGAAAAAGCAAAAGAUGUGUUUUCAGUCUUUCUAUAAAACAGCAUUUAUCUUUGUUCUUAUAAUGCUCUGAAAGGGUGUAGAGACAAUAUUUAACCAAAGAAUAUAAUAAACCAGGUUUACGCCUAAGUGUGUACUAGUUAAUGGUUCUGCAGUCAAGGUUGUGAAUUUGUGAGAGAUGCAACCUUCAACAUAGAUCCCGGAUUGAGACAAAUAUACCAUUUGAACCUGUUAAAUUAGUAGUUUGUUAUGAGUCUGGAAAAAGCAGCACUGGGGACUCUGAGCUGUGGGCACUUAAGAACGAGCCUGGGAGCUCUCCAGAGCAUCCCACAGGACUGCACACAGCCCUCUCCGCCUCAGCAGCGUCUGACAAAGUUGAGAGACAGUAACACAAUUAAAUGACUUACAAACAACGUUUGCUCUUCACUGGCAUAAAUCUGAAGUGGUUCAGUCUAGAAGAAUUAAGCUGUGCAAUUACUGCCUGCAGAGAUAUUUCUUCAAAAGCAGCUCUGCCUUCUCGGGCCACCCAAAACAGUUCUAGGUGCUAAAGUAUAGAUUUUCAGAGGAUGUGGAUCAGCUGGUUUUCAUCCUUCCACAAAAACUCUUACUACUGUGGGGACUGCAGCUCGGCCCAAACCCAGGACAAGGAGGAAGCCUUUACAGUUUGUGAGGGACUGGAGCUAGGCUAUUAAUUUGAGAUUGCCACUGUGAGAUGGCUUUGGUGUCUCACCGCUCCGUCUUCAUGGCUCAGGCUUGUAGUAAAUAUUGUUCCCUUUAUUUCUGAUAAGACAUGAAAGGUUGGCCUUACUGUUGAAGAAGAAGUAAAUCUACAAGCUCCUGUUAUAAUCUCAUUUCUCAGACUAGUAUUUCUUGAAAAGUUUCUUGAUAGCUGAGUUUUACAACAGGCUUGUCACAGAAUAGCAAAGUCACCCAAGUUUAUCUCAAAAUGUUUGUCUUCCGUGUGUGAACCCAGGAAAUCAGGGAAAAGUGUGUGUUCUAGGUAGGGUUACUUCUGGUAUCUAAUGGAGAAGGAAGCCUCAGCCUUACACUAUGUUUCGUUAGCAGUGGGAUAAAUUUCCACAAGAAGGCAAAUUCUGAACUUCAUAAAACCUCAACUGUUUAGAGAAGUCUGACUUGAGAAUUUUCUAUUUCUCAUGGGCUUAUUACUGUACACUACUCAUCCCCAAAAAAACCCUUCAUAGAAGACCUAUCCCCUUCUGACACUGUUUUUUGGUUUGUUUGUUUUUUGUUUUUGUUUUUGUUUUUGAAAAAGGUCCAAGACCUGGGAGUUCCCUAGUGGCCUAGUGGUUAGGAUUCCGGGCUUUCACUGCCAUGGCCCGGCUUCAACCCCCAGUCGGGGAACUAAGAUCCUGCAAGCCGCGUGGCGUGGCCAAAGUAAGUAAAUAAAUAAAAAGGUGCAAGACCUAAAAGCACCGUAUUAUUUGCAUUAAAAUGCUCACAAGAAAAUCACCAUGUGUACUUGCUUUUCUUGACCACAUCGCCAAAGGUCGCCUG